AUGCGAGAAUUCUGUAGUCUAAAUCCACCUCUGUUUGAUGGGGCAAGUAGUAACCCUUUCGUGGCCGACCACUGGUUGGCGCAAAUCCGUAAGAAUUUCACCGCUUUUAAGAUUACCGAAGAUGACCUGCGGAUGAGUAUCGUAGCUAUUCAACUUGUCGUAGAGGUCGGGGAAUGGUGGGAGUCUAUUUUAGAGGGUCGGAAGGACGCGAAGAGGGCAGUUAGGACCACGGCUCAAGCGAAUGAGCCCGAUGUUGAAAAUUUGACGUGGGCCGAAUUCAAGGAUCUACCUGUGAGUCAGUAUUUUUUGGACUCAUCUCGUGACCAAAUGAGGGAUCAAUUUGAGAAGCUUGAGCAGGGUAAUAUGACCAUUUCUAAAUACGCGUUGAGGUUUCAGUCCUUGUCACAAUUUGCUGCCGAGCUAGUAGCAACCGAGGAUAGAAAAUGUCGAUGCUUUGAGAGGGGUUUGCAUUCUUCUAUAAAGAGGUGA